GUGGUCUUCAUCGUUACUGAAUUUUAUUAAUAUCAAUUUAGGACUAUUUUGUGGCUAAAUUUGUGCAAAUCGACAAUCCUUUCAACAGAAUAAUGUUCUCAGAACACCAAACAUCCGAAAGCGACUGAUAAACGAUGGCUUUCAUCGAGGAUACGAUAAUCAUUUUGGUCUCGCAGGUGUGCUUCUUCAUCGGAGGAUGGAUAUUCUUUGUGAAACAACUGUUCCGGAACUACGAAAUCCGACAUGUCUUUGUGCAGCUGGUUUUCUCCAUCACAUUCGCUCUGUCGUUGACGAUGUUCGAGUUGAUAAUUUUCGAAAUCAUCGGAUUUCUAGACUCGAGCUCCAGGUACUUUCACUGGAGGCUGGGCCUGACACUGCUGCUGUUUAUGGUGAUUGCGUUGAUUCCAUACGUGAUAGUGUAUUCUUCCAUUAACAACAUUCGGAUGGUGCCUCAAAAGUGGGUGCAACCGAUAAGUACGUUGUUAUGGUUUUGCUAUUUGUACGUUUUCUGGAGAAUCGGUGAUCCGUUCCCACUGCUUAGUGUAAGCAAAGGGAUUUUCACGAUCGAACAAGCUGUUUCCAGGAUAGGCGUGGUGGGAGUAACGGUAAUGGCCAUACUUUCCGGUUUUGGUGCCGUGAACUAUCCGUACACGAGCAUGUCCUACUUCAUAAGGCCAGUGUCCCAGAGUGACGUGACCAACAUCGAACGAAAGUUGAUGCAAACGAUGGAUAUGAUACUGGUGAAGAAGAAGCGGAUCGCACUGGACCGGAGGAGAACUAAACCAAAUGCUAAGCCCGGGAUUUGGGGCAUGAUCAGCAGUGUGACCCAGAGACCACCGGGUGCCGAAAAUAUCGGUCAGCUGAGGCUGGAAAUUUCAGCCUUAGAAGAACUUUCGCGGCAGCUUUUCCUAGAAGCGCAUUCGAUGAAGAAUAUGCAGGAGCGGGAGCGAUGGGCUGGUACUCUACAGGGGAAAUAUUUCAACGUUUUGGGUCACUUUUUCAGUUUAUAUUGUUUGUGGAAGAUUUUCAUCUGUACUAUUAACAUCAUCUUCGAUCGUGUGGGUAAGAAAGAUCCCGUUACGCGGGGUAUAGAAAUCGCAGUCCACUGGUGUGGAUUCGAUAUGGAUGUUGCCUUUUGGAGCCAGCACGUAUCGUUUAUGCUGGUGGGCUGUAUUGUCGUAACAUCCAUAAGAGGUCUUCUGUUGACUCUAACGAAGUUCUUCUACAAGAUUUCCUCGAGUAAAUCAUCCAAUAUAAUAGUGCUAGUGUUGGCCCAAAUCAUGGGCAUGUACUUUUGCUCGUCGGUGUUGUUGAUGCGAAUGAACAUGCCCGCUGAAUAUAGGGUCAUCAUAACCGAGGUGCUGGGAGGCUUGCACUUCAACUUCUACCACCGAUGGUUCGAUGUCAUCUUCCUGGUGAGUGCCCUAACGACCAUAGUGAUUCUCUAUCUACUCCACAAACCACCAAACGUCGAUACGAGUAUGUAAAUUUUACAAUCAAGUCAGUUUGGCAAACGAAUACUGCUGCUGUAUAUCUUCUAUUCGUUUGUGUAGGUAUGUAGGUAAACGCUGAACAAUAAAUUCUAAUUUAAAACACUUUAGAUAUGUUAACAUUGGCCAUCCUUAGAAUGACAAAAUCAUCUCCACUUUUUCUGUCAUGCAAUGCUUGUGAUCUCUGUUGUAUGUAUUAUCAUACUGAAAAUAGAACAAGGCGAAACAAAUUUCAAAAAGUUUAUUGCACACCUAAAAACGCAAUCUCUUGUAUGAGAUGGUCUCACUUGUUGCAAUCAUUGGUGUUUCGCCACUGGAUGUACAUAUUUUUUUCUAGGAGACGACACGUGAAUGGAAAACUCAGUAACUCAUGUAGACAAGUAGACGAAAUAUAUACAUAAAGCUAUCCACCGUACUCAAAGUGGAGUGCAA